GGUUGUGAACGUGAAGUUGCUGAGGCGGAAAAAGGUUCGUCUGAUGAACUCAAAAGUGAAUGCAUCAUGCGUCUGUCAUGGGCUCUUGUUCACUCAAAACGGCCAGAAGAUGUACAACGUGGAAUCGCAAUGCUUGAAGCUUCUCUGGGUGGCAAUAACAGUCCCCUGCAAAUGAGGGAAAAGAUUUAUCUACUGGCCGUUGGCUACUACAGAAGUGGGGACUAUGCAAGAAGCAGGCAGCUUGUUGAGCGUUGUUUGGAGAUUGCACCGGAUUGGAGACAGGCUUUGACACUCAAACAAACUAUUGAAGACAAAAUCACAAAAGAUGGAGUUAUUGGCAUCGGCAUUGCUGCUACCGCUGUUACUGCAGUUGGUAUCCUGGCUGGUGGAAUUGUAGCUGCUUUGUCCCGCAAGAAAUGACCCAUCGGUAACCACUAACGUGCAUAACGGACUCCCCCGCUCUGGUCUAUGUAUACAUAUGAGGUUUUGAAACUUCUCUUUCUUUAUAGAAACACUGACAGCUGCAACUGAAGCAAGGAUGUAGGUAGUUUUGUUUGAUGGUCUAGUUUAUUUGUAAUAAUGAUGACUUGUCUAUGUUCGUCUAAAUUCUAGCAGAAAUGAUCUAUGUUGCUAUUUCUAUACAACAAGAGUUGGUUUCCUUUCUCCCUCUGA